UCUAGCUCCGAGGUGCUAGUAGCAGGUCGAUGUAAUAUUACAAGGUGAAGAGUAAUUGCAGUAUCAUUUGAUACCUCACAGUAUGACGGAAACACCAUCAAAAACUGCUAAUCAUCAGCGCUUAGCGGAAAUGUCCAUACAUUUAACACCACUUGGUGCUCGAGUACCAUACAGUAUUUCCAUUGAUAAUCAACAAAAUAUCUGGGUAGCGACGAAGGGAGGACUGUUCAAAAUGGAUCGAUUCGGCGAACUGCUUUUCCAGGAAAAAAAUGAUUCCGCAAAAAAAGCUGAACCAUUUUGUCAAGUGGCAUUUUAUGAAAAUAGAAUAAUUUAUGCUUAUUCGGAAGGUAUGUCAGGUUUAACGUUACUCAAAAUAAUGACAUUGGAUGGUGAAACGAUCAGUGAACAAUUUGUUGACGGCAAAAUACAAAGUUUAAGCGUAAAUGAUGGCGGUGAAAUGUUUUUGACCAAGCGAGUAAAGGGCGAGGAUUCCAUUGUCUACAGUUCGGAUAUUUGUUGUCCAAGUUGUUGGAAUGAAGUGAUCUGCGAAGAUGAAUACGUUUUUCAGACAGUAUGUGCCCUAUCCAGCGAUCUAUUAAUCGCCUCAACCUGCACUUUACCUAUCAAUAUGUACUCUAGGCAGUUCCUCCGACUAAUUAAUGUAACAGAAGGGAAAGUGGUCAAAAGUUUCAGUAAGGAAGGAAAAGAAGAUGGACAAAUUUUUUUUCCUCUCUCAAUACAAAAAUAUGGAAGUGACGUUCUUGUCUUGGAUAAAACAGGUCGGAUUCAGCAGUUCACUCAAGAUGGGGAAUUUGUUCGCGUAGCUGCAAAGAUUGAUGCUUAUUUAGGGAACGCUUUCGUUGUUGAUGAAGACAUGGCUGUUAUAGCUUGCUCAGGGAUUGUAUUUGAUAAAGAUAACCAAACCAUUUGCGAUGAUUGGGUGGAAAAGGUUCGACUGGACGGUAGCAAGUGGUUACCUGAUCCAGAUUUUGUUGAUAAAAAAUAACGAAAUAUUUCCGUCACUCUCAAGUAAGCUGUGAUAGUAAAAGUAACUUUAUCGAUCUGAUACUUUUUGUAUUUUUAUCUUUAAUCAGCAGGUUUGUAGAAUAAUGUUUACUGCAUUUAUUAAUGUAAAGUUCCACAAUGGUAAUGCAUCAUCGUUAGACUCAACCACUUUUAUUUUCAUGCUGAACAGCUUAUAUUCAUGAAUUUAGUUAAUCGUAAUUUCUGUAAAAUUAGAUAUAGUUGUUUAUCGGUUAUUCUUCAUGCCUAUGCAUAUUUAUUUAUUUG